AUGUAAACACAUCAUUUACUUGCUGCUUUGAGAAUCGAAAAACCAAACUAAAAACCAUAAUUUUUGAAAAUUCUUAAAGAUCAUAACAUAGUAAAUUGCACUACUGAAUAAAUUGACUUAGCUUGGUAACAUUGUUUAUAAAAAGAAUAUAAAUAAGUUAUUGAAGCUUUAUAAUAACAGAGAAUAAGAAGUAUAUCAUUAAAUUCUCAAAAAAUUUAAACUAAAUUACAACCUCUUGUAUAAAUAUUUGAUAAAAUGGAUAAUAUAAGAAAAAGAGAAGGAAAUGAAAAAGAAAUUAAUAAAUAAUUGAGUGCCUUGAAAUUUGAAGCUGAAAGGAAAUUAAAAGACUUUAUAAAUGAAUCCUGUUUAGAUCGUAGCUUUACGCAAGUUUUAUAGGAGAAGAUUGUUGAAUUUUAAGGAGAAAGAAAUAAACUAAAUGAAGAAUAAGGUAAAGAGGGUAGUAAAAAAGCAUAACAAAGACUAAUCGAUCGUAAAAAGCUUAAAUCUGAAAAACUGAAGGAAUAAAUUAAAUUUUUUUAACUUUUUGAUGACAAUAAAACAAGAACAUAGGCUAUAUGUGCAAAAUUACAAAAUACUUCAGUUCCUAGAUAUAAGUCUACAUUAAAUGAUAAAGAAGAAUAAAGAAUAAAUAAAAUAAUGAAUACUAAGUUUUUAUUAUGA